AUGGCGAUCACGAGCCUUCGGGGCUCGCGAACUUCAAUCUAUGAUCGAAACAACGGCCUCGCCGGAGCAGCGAUCCGUGCCCCUCCCUUCACCUUCAAGCUGUUCGUCAUUGCUCUCACCGUGGCAGUCUGUCUCUUCUUCACUCUCUCUUUCCGCUUGACCUCCUCCUCCAACCCCUCCGAUCUCAAUCUCGGUUUUUCUUACGAUUCGUCUGGGGGUGGAUCGAUUCGGAGGUCGGUACUGGCUUUGAAAUCUGAUCCGUUGAAGCCGAGACUCGAUCAGAUCCGGAAGCAAGCCGACGAUCACCGAUCUCUCGCUCUCGCUUACGCUUCCUAUGCUCGCAAACUCAAGCUCGAGAACUCCAAGCUUGUUAGGGUUUUCGCUGAUCUUUCUCGGAACUACACAGAUCUGAUAUCCAAACCAUCGUAUCGUGCUCUGUUUGAAUCCGAUGCGAACUCAAUCGAUGAGUCUCUGCUUAGGCAGUUGGAAAAGGAGGUUAAAGAAAGGAUUAAAGUCACAAGGCAAGUGAUAGCCGAGGCGAAGGAGUCUUUUGAUAAUCAAUUGAAGAUUCAGAAGCUCAAAGACACUAUUUUCGCUGUGAAUGAGCAGUUGACGAAGGCGAAGAAGCAAGGUGCGUUUUCGAGCUUGAUUGCUGCGAAGUCGAUUCCCAAGAGCUUGCACUGCGUGGCGAUGAGGUUGAUGGAAGAGCGAAUUGCGCAUCCGGAGAAGUAUACGGACGAAGGGAAGCCUACACUACCGGAAUUAGAAGAUCCAAACCUCUAUCACUAUGCAAUUUUCUCCGAUAAUGUGAUUGCGGCGUCGGUUGUGGUGAACUCGGCGGUGAAGAACUCGAAAGAACCGUGGAAACACGUGUUUCAUGUGGUGACUGAUAAGAUGAAUCUUGGAGCGAUGCAGGUUAUGUUCAAAAUGAGGGAUUAUAAUGGAGCUCACAUCGAAGUGAAGGCAGUGGAGGAUUACAAGUUCUUGAACUCUUCAUAUGUGCCAGUGCUUCGACAGCUUGAAUCCGCGAAUUUACAGAAGUUUUACUUUGAGACUAAGCUCGAGAAUGCGACAAAGGACACAACAAAUAUGAAAUUUAGGAACCCUAAAUAUUUGUCAAUAUUGAAUCAUCUGAGAUUUUAUUUGCCGGAAAUGUACCCAAAGUUGCAUAGGAUUUUGUUUUUGGAUGAUGAUAUCAUUGUUCAGAGGGAUUUGACUGGGCUUUGGAAUAUAGACAUGGAUGGGAAGGUGAAUGGAGCUGUUGAGACUUGUUUUGGAUCGUUCCAUCGGUAUGCUCAGUACAUGAAUUUCUCACACCCUUUGAUCAAAGAGAAGUUUAAUCCCAAGGCGUGUGCAUGGGCUUAUGGGAUGAACUUCUUCGAUUUGGAUGCUUGGAGGAGGGAGAAGUGCACCGAAGAGUACCACUACUGGCAGACUCUGAAUGAAAACCGAACCUUGUGGAAAUUGGGAACGUUGCCCCCAGGCUUGAUUACAUUUUAUUCCACAACAAAGCCGUUAGACAAGUCUUGGCAUGUUCUGGGUCUCGGAUAUAAUCCAAGCAUAAACAUGGACGAGAUUCGCAAUGCAGCCGUCGUACACUUCAACGGAAAUAUGAAACCAUGGCUUGAUAUUGCCAUGAACCAGUUUCGACCACUUUGGACAAAGUAUGUUGACUACGAGAAUGACGUUGUCCAGGCCUGCAAUUUCGGUCUUUAAAUAGAAUGAAGUAGUUGAAGCCCAUGCUUAGAGGAUCAACCAACGGUAGUUCUGCUAAAAGCAUCUGUUGAAUGAGCCUUCUUACAUGUUCAAUUAGCAUUCUUAUCUGAUUCCAUAGAAAUUCAUGUCUAUUCAAGUAAAUCAUUCUUCUUUGCCAUAGUAGUUGAGAAUUUUGCUAAAAACUUUGUUCAUAUGUGUUUACGGUUAAAUUUUAAUGGUUAAACUUUUUAAUUGUUUACAACAGUUGGUCUUCAAGAACUUUCCCUAUUUAUAUGUUUGUCUG